AUGAAACGAUACAAUGAAAAAUCAAUUACUGAAAAAAUCCAAAGAGAGCAAAAAAAUGAAUAUGCUCGUGAAAGAAUAAAAAAUGAAUUAAAGCUAGAUAAUUAUAGUAAAUUACAAGGUAUAUCUAUUGAUAAGGCAGAAGCAGCUAAAAAAAAAAAUAUAGAAGAUUCAGUUAAAAGAGAAUGUGAAGUAAUAGAUGAAUUUGAUAUUACAAAAAUAAAAGAAGAAAAGAUUAGACAAUGUCAAUUAUUAAGUGAAAAACAAAAAGAAGAAAAAGAAAUUGCUGAUGAAAAACUUAGAGAAAAAGCUUUGCAACAUACAAUGCAAAACGAUGAAGGUUAUAAAAAAUUAAAAGAAAAAUUAGAAGAAAUAGCAACAUUAAAAGAAAGAGAAAAUCAAAUUAAGGAAGCAAAAUUAUUAAAAACAAAAAUGGAACAAGAAGAAGAAGAAAAAAUUGAAAAACAAAUGGAAAACAUUUUAAUAAAAGAAGGGAAAGAGGAAGAAAAAAAAAAAAAAUUAAAUUAUGAGAAGAUUAUGGAAACUAAAAAAGAAUUGCAAGAACAAAUUAAAGAAAAUUUGAAAAAAAAAAAAGAGAAAUAUGCCAAUAAUUUAGAAGAAAGAAGUAAAAUGGAAAACAUAAUGCAAAAUUAUAGGGAAGAAGAAAAAAAAAAAAAAGAAGAAGGAAUACAAAAACAAAAAAAAUUAUUAAAAGAAUUUCAAGAACAAAUAGAAUUAAAGAAUCAAAGAAGAGAAUUAGAUAAAAAGAAAGAAUUAGAAGAAGAAAUCAAAAAUCAAGAAUACAUAAAAGAAAAAGAGGAAAAAAUUAAAGAUUUUUUAAAAAAAAAAGUAGUAAAAAAUUUAGAAAAACAAAAAGUAGUUAAUGAACUAGCAUAUAAAGAAUAUCUUGUAAAUAAAGAUAAAGAAGCACUAGAUGAAUUACUUAAUAAAUUAUAUAUAGAAGAGCAUGAUUUCAAAGAAAAACAGAAAGAUAUUAAAGAAAACGAAAAGAAAUUACAACUUAAAAAUGAAAUGCUUAAACAACUUGAAAAAGAUAUAAGUUUAAAAGAAGAAAGAAGAAGAAAGGAAAAGGAAGAAGAUGAAAAAAGGAAAAUAGAAUUACUAGAAGAAAAGAAAAAAUUAGACAAGCUUGAUCAAUAUACGGAUAAAAAAAAAAAAGAAAAAUUACAACAAUAUAAAAAAGAAAUAUACGAAUCAUUCCAAGAAAAAAAAAAUGCAGUAAAAAACGAAAGAUUACAAGAAGAAAUAGAGAAAAAUAAACUUUUAGAAGAACAAAAAAAAUAUGAAGAAUUAAUAAAUCAAGAAAAAAUGAAACUUAUAGAUAAAUAUAAAAAUGACAUACUAGAAAAAUUACCUGAAGAUAUAUAUGAGAAACUAAAAAAAAAAAAUAUUAUUACAUAG